AUGGCCUCGUCCUCUCUCUUCGCCGCGGCGCGCCGACUGAUCAGCCUUGGCCGCCGCAGAGGGCUCCUCCCCGUCCCGCCCUCUCGCGCCAUAGCCUCCUCGUCUCGCAGCAACAGCGCGGAGGAGGGAAUGCUGCCGGCGCGGCCGCCGAGCCUGCAGUACACGCUGUGGCCGCUGGGCAAACCGGGCACACUCCUUGUGCCGGAGAUCGAAAUGUGGGCGACGCGGUCCGGAAACCGACUCCGAGCCGUUGAGCUCCAACGCAUCGUCAAGGAGCUGCGCAGGCGCCGCCGUCACUGCCAGGCCGUCGAGGUCUCUGAGUGGAUGAAUCUCAAGGGCCACGUCAAAUUUCUGCCAAAGGAUCAUGCUGUUCACCUGGAUUUAAUCGGUCAUAUUCAUGGAGUUGGAGCAGCAGAGACCUACUUCAAUAACCUAUCUGACAAAGAUAAGACAGAGAAACCAUAUGGUGCACUUCUCAACUGCUACGCACGAGAACGCUUGGUCGACAAAGCGUUGGCCCAUUUUCAGAAGAUGAAAGAGCUGGGUUUUGUGUUCACCGCGCUCCCCUACAACAACCUCAUGAGCCUCUAUACCAACAUAGGGCAGCAUGAGAGGGUCCCUUUGGUGAUGGCAGAAAUGAAGAGCAAUGGGAUUGUUCCCGAUAAUUUUAGCUACAGAAUAUGCAUAAAUUCUUAUGGCACAAGAGCUGACUUUUUUGGGUUGGAGAACACCCUGGAGGAGAUGGAAUGUGAGCCUCAAAUUGUUGUUGACUGGAAUACCUAUGCUGUCAUGGCAAGCCAAUACAUUAAGGGUGACCUCAGGGAGAAGGCAUACUCUGCCUUAAAGAAAGCAGAUGCAAAAAUGGGUAAAAAGGAUUUGGAUGCCUAUAGACGCUUGAUUUCCCUGUAUGGCCACCUUGGGGACAAAUCAGAGGUCAAGAGGCUAUGGGCGCUGCAAAUGUCGAACUGUAAGAGGCAUCUUAACACGGACUACAUCAACAUGCUUGCAGUGCUUGUGAAGCUUGAUGAGAUCGUGGAAGCUGAAGACUUGCUGAAAGAGUGGGAGUCCAGCAAAAAUGAAUUGCACUUCAAAGUUCCAAAUGUGCUGCUCAAAUGGUACUGCCAAAAGGGCUUGCUGGACAAGGCCGAGGCGCUGCUCGACGGCUUCUUGAUAAAGGGAAAGAUGCCUCCUUCAACAAGCUGGGAAAUUGUGGCAAGUGGCUAUACGGAGAAAGGUGAUGUCGCGAGAGCUUAUGAGCUGACCAAAAAUGCCCUCUAUAUGUACGCCCCUAAUUCUGGCUGGAUCCCUGAGCCUUCGAUGAUUGAGAUGAUACUUAAGUAUCUUGGAGAUGAAGGGGAGGUCAAGGAUGUCGAAGCUUUCAUUGAUCUGCUGAAAGUUGCUGUGCCAAUGAACUCUGAUAUGACCGAGGCUUUGUCAAGGGCUCGUGGGAGAGUAGAAAAGAAAGCUGUAGAAGCAACGGGAGCUCCUCGUGAGGAUACUAUUGCCUGA